AUGGCUGCCAUUGCUCAGUCUGCCAUUUCUGGCGCGAUUUGCGCUCCCGCAGUCGCGUCAGUUGAGGUGUCUGGCAGGACCAGCAUUGUCUCCUUCAAUGGCCUGAAGGCGACCUCACUCCGCCAGUCUGUGAAGGCAUCCCUCUCGCAACGUGUGUCCUCUAAGCGCUCUUCCCGCGUUGUGUGCGAAGCCACCGGCACCGAAGUCGCGGGCCCCGUGACCGAUGCGACGUUCAAGAACCUCGUUCUGGAGAGCAAUGUCCCAGUCCUGAUCGACUUCUGGGCUCCAUGGUGCGGCCCUUGCAGAAUGAUUGCUCCUCUCAUUGAUGAGCUCGCGAAGGAGUAUAACGGAAAGCUGAAGUGCUACAAGCUGAACACCGACGAGAGCCCCAACGUGGCCACAGAGUACGGAAUCCGCAGCAUUCCCACUGUGAUGAUCUUCAAAAAGGGGAAGAAGGUCGACACUGUGAUUGGUGCUGUUCCUAAGUCCACCCUCACAGCCACCAUUGAUAAGUACUUGUAA